UUCCACAACUGGACACGUGUCAGUCCACACUCUCCACCACUCUUGUGAAAAAUCCUGGCCUCAACUCUCAUUGCUAAACCCGAACCAAAAGAAAGAAAAACGAGAAAGGCAAGAAAAGAGCUACAGCUUAAACAGAAAAAUCUCAUUCUCUCGAGGACUCGUCAAAAUGGAGAUAGGUGCCACAAGGUGCUUUAUAAGCAGACAAGUACUGUGGUUUUCAUGGAGUUCACGAAUGUUAGAUUGGAAAUGUAUCCAUAAACUUCCUAGCAAUGUAAAGACAAGCUGCCCAAGAUUGUCUCAUCCUUUUCAAGGAUCUUCAACAAAGGCUUGGUUGAGCCAAGAAUUCUGGAGAACAUAUGCCAUGCCAGUUAGUCUGGAGGAGUCUUCGUCAACACAAUUAGAAGAUGAAGAGAAGGCAUCUGAUGCUUCACCAGGGGAUGCUCGACCAUUGAGCAGCGAUGAGUUGAAGUUACUGCUAGCUGAUUCAGAAAGAGACAAGCUCGUUAAAAAACUAAGUGAAGCCAAUCAACAUAAUCGACUCCUCAAACGACAGCUUCAUGCAAAGGAAGACUCACUGGUUAACUUCAAAAGCGAACUUGCUGUAGUGGAGCAUGAUAUUCAGGCCUUGGUUACACUGGCAGAAGAAAUAGCUCAAUCUGGCAUUCCAGAAGGUUCAAGAAAGAUAAAUGGGAAGUACAUUCAGUCUCACCUCCUUUCGCGUUUACAAGUUGUCCGCGAAAAACUGAAGGAACAGAUAAAGGACAUUGAUGCUGCACAAUCCAAGGAGGUUCACUUAUUCUGGUAUGGCAUGGCAGAGAAUGUACAAGUAAUGGGCACCUUUGAUGGCUGGAGUCAAGGAGAGCACUUAUCACCAGAGUAUGAUGGUUCCUUUACUAAGUUCACAACAACAUUAUUGCUUAGACCUGGAAGGUAUGAGAUUAAAUUCUUGGUGGAUGGAGAAUGGCAACUAUCUGCAGAAUAUCCUACUGUUGGUGAGGGAUUAACACAAAAUAACUUGUUAAUAGUUGAAUAGUUAGGUUCUCAAGGUGUGAGAUACCACUUUCUAGUAUGAGCUUCUUCUUUCUUUCUUGUUCUUUUUUUCUUCUUUUUUCUUUUUUCCCUCCCCCUUUCAGUGCAUUUCUAUUGUUGGCUUGUUAAAUUUGAGCUUAAUGUGUCCUGUGAGUUCCAAUUUGCAAAUCUGAAAAUUUUGUAAAUGAUUGCUAUAUAUUAGUAAAUUUGAAGAAUAACAUUUUAUGUUUAGGUUUA